AUGUUUCCAUCUGUUCAAUUAAAAAAAACAAUAUUAUUGCGACUCUCUAAAAUUUUAUCUCUAUCAUCAGUAACGUCAAGAAGUAAAGCUCAAGAAUUAAUAAAAAAUGGAGACAUAAAGGUUAAUGACCAGGUUAUUAAUAAAAAUGUUUUGAUUGAUGUAAAUUCAAAAAUUCAAGUUAAAGAUAAAACGAUAAAAGUAGAUAUCUCCACUAAAUUAUGGGGGAUAUAUAAACCUAAGAAUAUUUUUUGUAAUACUGAGAAGGAUUAUAAAUAUGAAGAAAAAAUACACUUUAAUAAAAUGAUAGAGGAAAAAAAAUUGAUAGAUACACACAAUAAUAAUAAUAAUAAUGAGAAUAAUGUCUUGGGGGUAUAUAAUAAAUAUUUGAAUGAAGAAGAAAAUUAUAAAGUUUUAUCGUCUUGUAAUAAAAUGAAACAUAUCAAUAGUGAUAAUAAUUUAUUAAGUAUUAAUAGUUAUAAAUAUAAUAAUUUAAUAGAAAAAAGGAAAAAAAAUAAAGAAAAAAAUGUUUUUGUUUCAGAAUUGAGAAAGAUACCAUCAACUUGUAAAAAUACAAAUAUUAUUACAUAUAACAAAUUAAAUAUGAAUAUAUAUGAUUAUAUUAAAAAACAAAAUAUGUUAUAUGAGAAAAAAAAUCAAAUAACAAAUUAUAUUCCUGAACAUUUAAUAAUUAUUAAUAGUUUAAAUUCAAGCAGUGAAGGUUUAUUAUUACUAACUAAUGAUGGUGAUUUUGCAAAUAAUUUAAAAGAUAUAAAAAAUAAUAUUUUAACAACAUAUCUUAUAAAAGUACAAGAAAAUUUAUGUAUAGAUCAAAUAAAAUUAUUAAAUAAAGGUUGUAUUAUAAAUAAUCAACAUAUAUAUCCUAUUAAUAUUGAUAUUAUUAAAUCGAAACAUACUUCUAAAUGGAUUAAAUUUACAUAUGUAGAGAAAUCACAUAAUGAUUUACAUUAUUUAUUUUCUAAAUAUAAUAUAACCAUAAGAAAAUGUAAAAGAUUUUCUUUUGGUCCGUAUAAAUAUUCAGACAUAAAUACACAAUUUUUAAUGCCUCUCAAAAUACAUUCAACAUUUCAUAGUUUUAUAACUACACAUAAUUCAAAACUAAUCUUGUCACAUCCAAAAGGAAAUAUAAUCAAACAGAAAAAUCAAAACAAAUUCUUAUUUAUAAAUGACUAUUUAAAAAAUUCACUUGUUCAAGAUAGACAGGAUAUAAUAAAAUGA